AUGGUUUGUUUAUUACCCAAGAAUUUUGCUGCAUUAUUUGUUCCUGAUGAACCUAUAAGAUUCCUACCACCUGUAGAGAAACAUUGGUUCCCAAAUUAUUCAGGGGUUUCAUCAUAUUUAACAAUGUUUGAUGAAUUAACACCAAAUAAUGAAAAAAAGACUGAAGAAAUUGAUUCAUUUGCGCCAACUUGGACUAAAAGUGGAUUACGUGAGUUGAGAUUCCUUAAAACAAAAGAAGAAAAAGCACAAUCACUUCGUACUCAAAUUCAAACGUGGGAUCCUACACAUAAUUUAAAAGCAACUGAUAAUCCAAAUAGAACUAUCGUUGUUCUUCGUUUACCAAAGAAAACAGAUGAGUCAAUAUUACAACGACUAUUUAGUGAAUAUGGUGAAAUAAAAAAAAUUGUGAUAAUAAAAGAUUUAAAAGGUAUAAAUAAAGGAUAUGCAUUUGUUGAAUAUAAUCAUCGAAGUGAAGCAGAAAGAGCAUGUAGAAGAGCUAAUGGAAUGAGAAUUGAAGAAAAAAUAAUUGUUGUUGAAAUGGAAAAAGGAAGAACAGAAGAAUCAUUUAAACCAAAGAGACUAGGAGGUACUAUUGAAAGAAGAUGUAGUGAAGAUAAAAGAAGAAAUGAAAGUCCUAUGAGAAGAGAAAGAGGCUAUUCUCCUUUUGAAAAAAGAGAAUUUGCCUAUCGAAGUGAUGACCGUAGAGGAGACCAUCUCUUGGAUAGAAGGGAUGAUGACUAUAGAAAGUCAGGAUAUAGGACUAGUAGAUAUGAGCGAAGAGUAGAUAGAAGAGAUUAUAGAAACGACCGCUUUGAACGAAGAGAUGAUUAUAGAACAACUGAUAGUAGAGACGAUUAUAGAACAACUGACCGUAGAGAUGAUUAUAGACAGAGUGAUCGUAGAGACGAUUAUAGACCUGGCGAUCGUAGGGAUAAUUACAGACCAAGUGACCGUAGAGAUGAUUACAGAGCAAAUGAUCGUAGGGAUGACUACAGAGCAACUGACCGUAGAGAUGACUUUAAACUGAAUGAAUAUAGAGAUGACUAUAGACCAAGUGAUCGUAGAGACGAUUAUAGACCAAGUGAAAGUAGGGAUGACUACAGACCAAGUGAUCGUAGAGAUGAUUACAGGGUAAAUGAUCGUAGAGAUGAUUAUAGAACAACAGACCGUAGAGACGAUUAUAGACAGAGUGAUAUUAGAGAUGACUACAGAACAAAUGAACGAAGAGAUGAUUAUAGAACAACUGAUCGUAGAGACGAUUACAGAGCAACUGACCGUAGAGAUGACUACAGACCAAGUGAUGGUAGAGAUAAUUACAGACCAAGUGACCGUAGAGAUGAUUAUAGAGCAAAUGAUCGUAGGGAAGAAUAUAGACCAAGUGAUCUUAGAGAUGAAUAUAGACCGAGUGAUAGUAGGGAUGAAUAUAGACCGAGUGAUCACAAAGACGAAUAUAGACCAGGUGAACGUAGUGAUCGGUUUGAGCGAAGAGGGAAUGGAAGUAGUAGCUAUAGAGAAGAAAGGAAAUGGUGA